GUGGAUAUCGGCGCGUAUAUACGUGGCUUAAGAGCAAUAAAGGAGGCCCGGACUCACGAGUCGCUAAAAGAGAAUGGGGAGAGACAGUCGCGCGGAGACCAAGAGGCGCGUCGGAUCACGCAACGGAACCGCGAAAUUGUCAGGAAGCACGUGACUCGCUCGAUAUAUGUACGUACAACGAUACAUUCGAUCGAACGUUCCGUUUUUCUUGUCGUUUCGAGAACGCGUGGAUUUUCCAAUAUCGAUCCCUUCCGCCCUGUUUCGCGCGAUUAACCGUACCUCUGCUCCCUUCGCAACAUCGUCUACGAAAAGGAAACUUCCAACGACUCGGAUAGUAGGGACGAAAGUAUCGUCGUGAGUUCACGUGCACGCUCGGCUCCUUUUUCCCUUCCGUUUAAUACAAGAGCUCCAAGAGGGUCCGCGAUGUCUGCCUGUCGUACGAGUUGAUAGAAAGUGCGGCGAGGAAUGCUGAAGGAACGGUACAUCGGUGUGUUCUAGGCGACUGGUAAUGACAAAUGCGCGGAGUAUGACGUCAAAUGCGAUUAGAGGUAUUCGGAGGAAGAAGAGUUCGCUAUGCGAGGUAAAGGUGGCCGUGAUUGGAGCGCCUGGAGUUGGAAAAAGCGCAUUGACAGUGCGGUUUCUAACAAGGAGAUACAUCGGGGAAUAUGAUCACCAGUCGGAAAACAGAUAUAAACACGAAGUGUUGGUCGACGGUGAACCGAUCCUUUUCGAAAUUUUGGACACCUGCCCGAAGAGCGAAGAUGAAUUACCUUCCACGGAAACUGUUCAGUGGGCGGAUGGAUUACUUUUAGUCUAUUCGAUAACCGACAGGGGUUCUUUCAAUUUCGUGAGAAAGGCGAAGGAAACGCUGGCGGUGGUUGAUCCCGAAGCCACGAUGCCCCUCGCUCUGGUCGGAAACAAAGCCGACAUGGUUCAUUUGCGGCAAGUUAGCACCGAAGAGGGAGAAAUACUUGCGAAAGAUUUUGAAUGUUGGUUCAGUGAAGUGUCUGCCGCGGAACAGGUCACACAAGUUGCUGAAUCUUUCCAUGAACUGUGUCGAGAAGUUCUGGCAGCUAGGAGAAGGAAUAAGCAAUCUUUACUGGACAGAAUGCUUGGUAGCAAAGCGACGCGUGCUUAUUCACGAGGUAAAAGUGACUCGGCGCUUCCAAAAGAUUAAUACACGUGUAAAACCAGUUCAUAUCUACUUAUAUAUAUAUAUAUAAUAUAUUUAUAUAUAUAUUGUUUUAUAAAAUUUAUAUAUAUGUAAAUUUUAUAAAAGAAAUGUUUUAAAAAAUUUAUAAUACAAUCUUACGAAUCAAAACUGAAUGAUACAUAGCUUAUCUAUAUAUGUGUACUUGUUAUUGAAAGUUUAAUUACCAAAGAUUUAUGUAACAUCGUGUAAUGUUUUUUGACUUAUAUAUAUAUAUUAUGUAAAUCAUAUACAAUAUGUAAAGUUUAGAAGUUUCAUAUUAUAAUUUUGUCAACAUGUAAUGUAAGCACAGUUUUUUAAUAUACUCUCGUGUUUUUUUAAUGGAAGAAUUUAUAGUUUUAAUAUCAAUUAAUGUAUGUAAAAAUUUGACGCAAGAUAUAAAUAUUUGAGUCAAAAUUUCACGUCCUAUCUUGCUAUAACAUACAUAUGAAAAUUGUAUCUGUUCACUUUGCGAGGCUGAUUACAAAUGUAACCUACAUGAGAAUAGAUUAGAUAGAUACGGAAACAUGUAAUAUAUAUAAUUGAUCUAUAUUUAUUUUGUACUUACAAUGAAAUUAUGACAAUAAAUAUUUCUUAUUUAUUA